UGAAAUCUCAAAUGUGAGGAUGUGUCAACGAACCGGAGCAGCCGCUGGGGAAGCAGCCGCUACCAGCGGCUCCAGCUACGGUGUCCAGAUUCAGACGCCAUUUGACCGUUCGAAACUGUCUCUAUCGGCUAUCGGUCUCCGAGACGGAUCACUAUUCCCAACCAGUGUGGGUCCUAUUUACCUUCCUUCUCUCCUCUUGCGCGUGUGCAUAUAUAUAUGCAUCCGAAUUCCUGGCUUCCUCCAAGCCGCAAUUUGGGAAGCCUAUCCUCCACCAGCUCUGAUUGCUCCUCGCCAUUAGACAGAGCAGAGAUUCUGGCACCAUAGCUGUCGGGUAUGCUUCGAGGGUAACUAUUUUAGUAACACCAGGUCUGCUUUCAUAUAUGUCGUUUCCUUUUCUGAUUUCAACUGCUUUAUAACUCUGCUCCUGUCUUUGCAUGCUCGAAUGGCCGAAGGAAUUUACCCAGGAUGGAGGGAGAAGAACCCGAUUGGAAUGGAUAUUGAUUUCAUUCUAUUAUAAUUGAAUCUGAUACUUUUCCAUUGGUUUCUUGCAUGUCAUGUCUGCCUGUCUUGUGCAUUUGUCUAUUUGUUGAUACUACUCAUUGCCUCGUUGAAAUGCGUUCUAGGAUGUUUUUUGGAGUAUAAGUAUUCUUUCUGGGCUAGUACCUUUACUUAACUUUACCAUUUCAGCUACCUCUCAUUUUCAUUUCACCUUCUGACAUCUGUUGCUCUAUCACUCUGUUCGUGUUUUUUUGCAUACCCACAUGAAUUUACACAGGACGGAGAAGAAUUCAAUUGGGAUGGAUAUUCAUUUCAUAUUUUUGUAAUUAAAUCUGCAAUUACUUCAUUGGCUUUUCGCAAGUCAUGUCUGCAUUCUCUAUCUCCUUUUCUUUUGUUUCUUAUUGAAUUCUUAUAACCAGCCAGUUAAGACUGCAUUCUGGGACGUUUCUUAGAGUAAUUUGGUUUUUCAAUUUGCGUCUCUAUAUCUCCUCCUUACAUGGAUGCAUGCGAUUAUUUUGGAGUUCAUUUAAGUUCCCUCUUUUCAAUUACAUGCUCAAAAUCUGCUAACUUUCCUUGAACUGGUUAUCAUGCUCAAACUAAUUUUAUUCAUGUUUUAUUUUUUCUGGAGACGGUGAGACUAUGGUUGCUGGAGACUAGUCGUUCAUACCAGUUAUUUGAACCUUUUCCCUGUAAAGAUGAACUUCUCUUUGGCUUCAUCAUCUUCUGAGCUGGUGUGUCGUGCAAAUGAAUGCAUGCAACACACCUGUGCUUGUUUUCAUUUGUCCAGACCUCCAGCAAGUGUUUCAUGUUUCAUUAAGAAAAAUAUCGUGCGAGCAAUCAGGAGUGGUACGAGAAGGAUGGCCAUGUCCAGCCACUUAAUACCUAGCCAUGUAGAAGAGUCAUACAAAAGAAAUAAACGCCUCCAGGUGCCUAUAAAGAAGCUAGAUUUUGUAAGGACAUUGUUGAUCGACAACUAUGACAGUUACACAUACAAUAUAUACCAGGCAUUGUCUGUGGUUAAUGGUGUGCCUCCUGUGGUGGUCCGAAAUGAUGAUUUGACAUGGGAAGAACUUUGCCACUACUUGUAUGAGGAAAAUGCAUUUGAUAACAUUGUAAUAUCACCUGGACCUGGUUCUCCAUCAUGCCCAAAAGAUAUAGGUAUUUGCCUUCAGCUGUUGCUCAAAUGCUGGGACAUCCCCAUUCUGGGUGUUUGCCUAGGACACCAGGCUCUAGGUUUUGUGCAUGGAGCUCAAGUUGUCCAUGCACCAGAACCAGUCCAUGGUCGUUUGAGUGAACUUGAACAUAAUGGCUGUGAGCUUUUUCAUGAUAUUCCUUCUGGCAGAAAUUCAGGAUUUAAGGUGGUUAGAUAUCAUUCAUUGGUUAUAGAUCCUGAAUCCCUUCCACAAGAUCUCAUUCCCAUAGCAUGGACCGAUUCUGCUGAAAAUAGAAGUUCAAACAUUUCAAGUCAUUAUGGUUGGACAAGAAGUGCACAAGUUCUUAUGGGCAUCAAGCAUUCUACAAGACCGCACUAUGGUUUACAGUUUCAUCCAGAGAGUAUAGCUACCAGCCAUGGAACACAAAUAUUCAAAAAUUUUAGAGAGAUUACAUAUGAUUAUUGGCUGAGAUUUGGAUCAUCAAACAACAGGGGAAAAUAUGCUCAUUCAUCUGUAAACUUUCUUUAUUCUAGUCAACUGGGUAGAGAAGGUCACAGCAGCGUAAACUCAGAGAAUAAUGUUGUGAAUCAACAAAAUAAAGUGUCUUCCAGAGAUAGACAUUUAAUGCUUGAUACUACCGAGAUUGAUCCUUCUGAAACAUCCAACGUGGUUGAUCUUAAUCAUGCAAGUAUUGCUUAUAAAUGCCUGAAGUUGAAAUGGAGGAAAUUUGAUCAUUUGGCUGGUCAAGUUGGUGGGGCAAAAAACAUAUUUUGUGGAUUGUUUGGACAUCAUAAAGCUGAAAAUAGCUUUUGGUUGGAUAGUUCCUCCACAGAAAAGGGAAGGGCACGCUUUUCAUUUAUGGGGGGUAAAGGUGGAUCGCUUUGGAAACAAUUGUCAUUUAGAUUGUCAGAUCAAAGAAAUGGAAGUUUACAAGGUGGAGGCUUUAUGUCAAUUGAAGAUGGUCAAGGUUAUAGCAGAAGCAUGUUUUUGGAAAGUGGGUUUUUUGAUUUUUUGAACAAGGAGCUUCAAUCAUUUCGUUAUGAUGAAAAGGAUUUUGAAGGUCUACCAUUUGACUUUCAUGGUGGAUAUAUUGGUUACAUAGGGUAUGACCUCAAACUUGAAUGUGGUGACACAUCUAAUCGGCACAAGUCUAAUACUCCAGAUGCAUGUUUUUUCUUUGCCGAUAAUCUCAUUGCUAUUGACCACCUGAAUGAUGAUGUUUACGUACUGUGCAUACAUGAUGGAAGCCAAACUAUGACACCGUGGUUGGAUGAUACAGAGGAGAAGUUGAUGAACUUAAAAAAAUCUGUGACAAGACAGAUGAAAAAGAAGGAAUCGCAUACUUCUACUUUUUCUCCAUCUAAGGCUGGAUUUGUUGCUGAAAAAUCUAGAAAGCAGUACAUUGAGGAUGUUAAGAAGUGUUUAAACUACAUUAAAGAUGGCGAAAGCUAUGAGUUGUGCCUUACAACUCAGAUAAGAAAAAAUAUUAAGGAAUUGAAUUCUCUCGGACUUUAUCUACACUUGAGGGAAAGGAAUCCAGCACCUUAUGCUGCUUGGCUUAAUUUUUCAAACGAAGAUCUCUGUAUCUGCUGUUCUUCCCCUGAGAGGUUCUUGAAGUUGGAUGGGAAUGGUAUACUGGAAGCUAAGCCUAUCAAAGGUACCAUAGCUCGUGGUGCUACAGAAGAGGAGGAUGAGCGACUCAGAUUAAAGUUACAGUUCAGUGAAAAAGAUCAGGCUGAAAAUCUGAUGAUUGUUGACCUUCUAAGGAAUGACCUUGGUCGAGUCUGUGAACCUGGCUCGGUUCAUGUGCCUCAUCUCAUGGAUGUAGAAUCAUAUGCAACUGUUCAUACCAUGGUGAGUACAAUCCGAGGGAAGAAGGUAUCAAAUGCCAGUGCUGUAGACUGUGUCAAAGCUGUGUUUCCUGGUGGCUCGAUGACCGGUGCACCCAAGUUGAGAUCAAUGGAGCUUCUGGAUUCUCUUGAGAGCUGUUCCCGAGGUAUCUACUCUGGCUGCAUUGGAUUUUUCUCUUAUGAUCAGACAUUUGAUCUAAAUAUAGUUAUAAGGACAGUCAUUAUCCAUGAGGGUGAGGCUUCAAUAGGGGCUGGAGGGGCUAUCAUUGCUCUGUCAAAUCCUGAAGAUGAGUACGAGGAGAUGAUCUUGAAAACACAGGCUCCAGCAAAGGCUGUGAUCCAUUUUGAGUAGAGGUUACUAACAACAGCUUUGUUGGCUUUCAAAGCAGAGAAAGUCUGGAAAUGUUUGCAUCAUACGGGUCCAAUCUAACCAUUUCAUCGUUUUGUGGAUAUGAUGUAAUUCAUUUUCUUAUUUAGUGUUAUUUUAUGCCAUAAUAAAACUUUUAAUUCCUUAAAUUUGUCUUAAUAAUUAUUUAUUUGUUUAUUUAAGUUUAAUUUUAUUGA